AUGUUGGAUGCCUGCAACAUUAUAGCGCUUCGAGUUUUGCUCUGCCGUGAUUGGGAAGCUAGCGCUGUCCGAGGUGAGUUUGUGGAACUGCCGGACGACUUGGCGUGGCAUCGAAACGAAGCCGGCAGUCGCCAGGACAGGUCUAAUGGUGAAGUCGUGAGCGCCUUAUAUGAUAUCGGAAGCCUUUGGCCUUAUCUGAUGGAUACCGGUUGCCCGCUUGUGCGCUUCUCCGCAAAGGACGUAAGAGUCCUUGUACAUGAAGUCAAAGGGCACUAA